AUGGCUGCGUCUAACUACUCACUAAAGGUCAACAGGGACCUUUUAGACCCCAAGUUUGAGAGUUACAGACUGUCUCUGGAUGCCAUACCGACGUACAACGUGGAGCUGGAUGCUGCCGUGGAGGAAGUUAAGCUGAAGGACACGCAGUACACGCUGGAACACAUGCGUGCUUUUGGCAUGUACAACUAUCUACACCUAGACCCUUGGUAUGAAGACAGCGUUCUGUUUGUGGACUGCAAAGGACGAGUUCUUAGUCUCACUGUGACUUUGGACUCUGCACUGGGGAAGCCAAAAGAGGUGUACCGCAUCAAUGAGGAGCCUGGCUGCAGUGAAGACCACCUGUGCUCCUCCCUCAGCCUCACCUCCUCCACCUGGGCAGCUCUUUCUGAUGGCAGAGGCCGCCUUUACCUUCUUCGCACCGGCAAGAGGGGAGACGGCUUGCAUACAAAGUGGGAACCACUGUUUGUCGAGGACACCGGGGAGCCUUUCACCAUCCUCCACAGCGUCUCUCACGUCCAGGCUGGCAUUCAUACUGUGGAGGUUCUGCUGCUCCGCAUCCAGAAAGACCCACAGGAAGCUGCAGGAAGUGGAUAUUAUGUGUCUCUGGAGUGGAUCACAGUCAGCAACACGGCAGCACAUGGUCAGGAGAAGAAGUAUGAGGUGAGCAAGAGAAGGCUCCUCAGGGGGAAGUCCGUUCCUCACUAUGCUGCCGUGGAGCCUCAAGGGAAGGGCUUGAUGGUGGCUUCAGAGAAGCCGUUCGCCUUCACGCACGUGGACGGUCGUCCCGUGGAGCUGCCUGAGCCAGAGCCCAUGGAGGUCGACAAGAUAGAGCCGAUCUACUUUUGGCAGCAGACAGCAGAGGACAUCACAGUGUGCCUGCGCAUGCCCAAAGGCCUCACCAGAGAGGAGGUCCAGUUCAGACUGAGUUCUGAUGAUCUGAGCAUCGGAGUCCAGGGCUUCCCCCCCCUACUGGAAGGCCAGCUGUUUGCUCCUGUGGAUCCUGAGGCCAGCGCCUGGAUCAUCAAAAACGACAAAAGCCUGGAGGUGACCCUGCAGAAGCGCACUGAAGGACCCAUGUGGCCGGAGCUGGUGAUGGGGGACAAAAGAGGAGAGUUUGUGAUUAGUGACGAGCAGGCCGCACUCAUCCACGAGAGGCUGACCCAUCUUACUUCUGAGGACCUGAAUGGAAACCUUGACAGGGACAAGCCCCCUUGUAACUCUCAGGAGCUGGAGGAUUGUGACGGGUAUCCAGAAGACAGCUUCACGCUCGCUCACUUCGAUGAAAUAUCACUCAAACCUACUCAGGUGGUGAAUCUAGGGGGGCAUCAGUACCUGUUCACGGUGGAUGUUGACCCCUCUGAAAUGCCAUGUCUCUGCAUUCGCCAUGAUGUGGACGCUCUAGUAUGGCAGCCUCGUCCUAAUCAGCCCGGGGACAUGUGGGAGCACAUCGCUACGUUCAAUGCUCUGGGCUACGUUCAGGCGUCCAAGCGGGAUAAGAAGUUCGCUACCUGCGCCCCAGACUUCUCCUACGCAUGCCUGUGCGAGUGCUUCCGCCGCACGUUCAUCUAUCGGCAGCCGUCGCCGGUGGAGACUGUCCUCUUCAACAGAAAGCAGGGUCGUCAAGUAGGACAGGUUGCCAAGCAACAAGUGGCUAGCCUGGACUCCGACAAACCCAUCCUGGGCUUCAGAGCAACCAAUGAGCGCCUGUUCAUCCUGACCUCCACUAAUCUGUUUGUUCUAAAGGUCAACAAUAAUUAGAUUGUAGCUCUUAGAUCUCAGCUGCCUCUCAAUGUGUAAUCAUUCCAGCCUAAGGAUGUAAGGCCUGUUGUGUUGAAGAGCCCAUCCUGACCCUGUGGGGUUCACCGCUCAAGUCAUGUCCUCUUAGAAGUAUGUCAAUAAACAUUUUGUAUAAGUAACUCUU